GUUAUCACUGGGUGCAUAUCACUGGGUGCAUAUCACAUUGUCCUUAAAUCCAGGAGCUGGUACUACUGUUCAGCUCACACCAGUCCAUAGAUCUAGAUAUUGUUUCGGAGCAUUAUUUCUUAUUUUUUUUAUUUACGCCUAUUUUUGGAAUGAUAUUUAUUUAUUUCAUUCCUGGAUCAGAUCAAAUGAUCUAAAAAUCAAUGUUGUUCACCUCGGGAUUUUGAGUCUAGACAAACUAUGAACACACCAACGGAUCUCAAUCUUAGAAGCCGUAGGAUCAAUACGCUGUCUAACAAGAAGCUGUGUGAAAACAUCCUGAGAUAGAGAGAUGAGAAUCGGUUACCUCCUGACCUACUACACAGUCUCCUGUCUAAUGAUCAUUGUUUACGGUAAUUACAGCAUAGUCGUUGAAGAGCACAGGCCAUACACAUUUGAAUGCGAGGUUGAAAGAGACAGCCUCGUUUGGAGCAUCGCCGCUAAGAAUGUCACGCAGAGUGUCGCCACCUGUCUCCCGGAAUGGAAUGUAGUUCAAUGCUCCUUGACCUCUGAAGACUUUGAGAAAUUAUAUUUGGUACAGGACAGGCACCCCUCCCCAGGGUCUGUCGUUCAUUGGUCAUCGUUGACAGUUUUCAAUGUGAACCAGUCAUUGAGUCAGGUCAUCUGUCAACAAGGUGCCGACCUGAAUGUAACUAAUGUCACUGUUGCAGUGAAACCUCGCGAGCUGGAGUGUGACGCACCGAUCAAAUCGUCUGCUGGGGAUGUGUACAACAUCACGUGUAGAUUCUUGGUGCUCCCCAGGGGGAAGUGUACGCUGAGUACAACCCCUCCCCUGGUUAUGCAUACCAUCAAUACCGAGUACUGGCACCGAAUCAGUUGGGUUCACAACCUCUACUCCACCACCUGCACCAUCCAGGCCGUCCUUGACCUCAGCACCUACCACAACGUUUCCAUGUUCCAGGUGAUUGCGGAACCCGACUUGGACCAGUUUGUCCAGCGCCCGAAUCUCUCGGUUACCAGCCACUUGCUGUCGCUAGAAUCCACAGAUAAAGUUAUGACAUUCACGGCCAAUUCGCAGUCAAUGGACCUAAAAGUGGCCAUGGGGGCUGAGCUCUCCUUCGUCUGCUACAUCAGCAACGCCCCUGGGGUCCUUCUCCGCCUGUUCAAGGGCUCCACCGUCAUCGCUCUGCACACCCCCCUCCACUCUGACCGUCUUCACUUCGUCAUCGAGUCCACGGACUGUGACGACACGGCCACCUACACGUGCCGGUCUGAUCACGUGGUCCGGCUGGAGCAGAAGCUUAAUGUCACUAUCAGGCCUUGCUCUACAGACAAUGAAGACUCUUCACUUCCGUAUGUGAUUGUCUCCUCUGUAGCCGUGCCGAUAUUAACAAUCAUCAUACUGGUGCACGUCGUAUUCUGUGUCCGCUAUAUCAAGAGGAAGCACAGGCAACGAAGAAACACGGAAUCUCACGACGCAGCCAACCUGGACUCUGUGGUGAUGACCGGCGCUUUGACCGAGUCUAUGGCUCGUGGCGAUGGGUCUCAGCUCAACACGCCCAACCACUCACGUCAUAACAGCCCCCUGAUCUCGCGUCGGACACCCCCAGCCCAGUCGACCCGCGUCACCCCUGUUCAUUCUCCUCGAAGCACCCCGCUCCAUUCUCCCCACAACAGCCCUGCUAGCUCCAGGAGAAACACCCCCGUUCAUUCCCGACACGUUAGCCCUUUUCAUUCGCACCACGCCACUCCCGUGCAUUCCAACCGCAGCAGCCCGACGCCACACCCUCUCACUGGGGACGACUAUGACGACAUUGAUGACGGCUAUGACAACAUCAGCUUCGUGGCCGACCCACCCAACUACAGCAUGCUGUUUCAGAACCAACACGGCGCCCCAGACGCCACAACGGCAUCAGAUAUGUUAGAACAAUUGCCACUGCCGCCCUCGUACUCUUCGGUAAUGCUAAACAAUCUCGCAAAUCUCUCCACAACGAAUACGAGCACUCGACCAAAACAGUCUUCAGUUAACAAUCAAAAUAUUAUCGACACUAGAUUUUAAUCCCAUGUUUAUCAAUGUCAUGUCUUGUGCGUAUCAAAUGUGAAUGAUGUCAUGUCUGUCACAUCAAUACUGUCACUGUCAAAUGGUAGAUGCACUGCAAAGAUUUGGAAGACUGAGCAUGCUAUCAUGAAUAAGCAGAAGUCUUAAUAAAAGUGUUUAGUCUUAGUGAAAGGAAGCGAGAGAGAGAGAGAGAGAGAGAGAGCUAUUAUAGUAUUGUAGUAAAUUUAUGGCAAGCAAGAAGGUAACAAUAGAAGCUGUAUUAAUUUAGUUAUAAAAUACUAAGUGAGCUAUGGCCUUAAGCUAUCAAGUCACAGGGGGUCUUGUCUUAAGCUUUACAAGUCCUUUUCUACCUAAACACUAGUACAGACCACCGACACACUUCCCAGUGUCGCUCCAGGUCCUCAAUACAAUUCACUGGUAGCAGGAAGGCUGGCUCUUAGUCCCAGACAGCUCAGACUCCCAUAACCUGCAGAUCACUUCCGCCGGAUCUCAAACAGUCCUUCCUCUAGAACCGGGGUCGGCAACCUGCGGCUCGCGAGCCACAUGCGGCUCUUUGGUUGUGAAGCUGCGGCUCUUUAGUUCCAUACGCAUAUAUUAAUUAUUUUAUCGAAACAUUUUUUUAAAUAGUUCUGAAAUGUUUAACUAACAUUACGCAUCGAUUCUAUUUCUCAGCCACUUGUACUCGCUUUUCAUCACACCCCUUCCCCGUGACACGCGUCGUCACUGUCGUCAGUCCGUCGGAAGCUCUCGAAUGACUCAGUCGUCGGAUGUUUUUAUGUAGGUUUUAAUUCUCUUUCGACGUAAGACAAAUGGGCAUUUUCACCACUCGCUUUGGCUGUGACGUAUAGUGUGUUGUUUUAAGUAAAUGAAUUAGAAGCGAUUACAUUCUCUAAGUUAGAAGCAAUCUGUGAGUAACGCUAAUCUGGUAGACUUUGCGGUACCACUAGAAAUUGACAAAAAGGCAACCCAUUUACAGGUGAGUAUAUCAAGACUGCUUCCUAUGUGCAUCUGAAGAAAUGUUCCGUGAUUUCAAAAACACACCAUAAAUCUUGAAAAAAGAAAGAUUUGCCACUAUUCGCUAAAACAGUGCAAGAUAGAAUAGCUAAAAUGUCUUCAAAUGUAACAUAUUUGCAAGUGGAUGAUAUUCAGCUUUCUUCUGUCUUAUCACUUGCUGUAGAUGAGUCAUGCGACAUAUACACAGGGUACAUGUUGCCCUUUUUGUCAGGAAUAUGUCUUCCUAAGUUCCAAAGGAAGAACUUCUAGGAUUCCUACCGCUCUCAUGACAAACUAAAGGGGAAGCUAAAGGGAAUGCCGUACAAGAAUACAUUGAAGACAAUAAGAUCGAUUUCAAUAAAAUCAUUUCAAAAGCAACUGAUGGAGCCAGAAAUAUGACAGGAAAAAUAAAGGGACAACAAUGAUUCUUCGAAGCAAACUAAACCUUGGAAUUCUUACAUUUCACUACAUAGUACACAAAGUAGCGCAUUGUGUCCAAAACAAUUCAAUCUAAAAUAGUUAGGGUCAUAAAUUUGGUAAUCAAGAUUGUUAGCAGCAUCUUGUCAAAAGCAUUCUACCAUCGUCAGUUUAAAGUCCUCUUAAAGGAAAUGGAGACUCGGUAUUCAGACCUCCUACUUCACAAUAAAGUGCGACGCUUUCCAAAGGUUGAAACGUUUUGCUUUGUGCUUGAAUGAAAUAAAUACAUUCGUAAAGGAAAAAGACAUUUAUCACACCGAAUUAGAGAACGACAAAUAGUUGCAAAAAGUUUACUUUAUGGUGGAUAAAACAGAAAAGUUAAAUAAGCUGAAUCUAAAACUGCAAGGAAAGGGAAACAUAGCCUAUGUUUUGGUAGAAGAAUUGGUUUGUUUUGAAGAAAAAUUAAUUCUUUUUACAGAAGAUAUUCAGAGCGGUAAGUUACUUCAUUUUCAAUGUCUAAAGCAGUAUCGUUAUAAAAUCAGUGAAACUUCUGACACGAAUUACUUUAGCACAGUUAUAAGAAAAAAUCCAUGAUGAAUUUCUUGACAACUUUGAGCAGUUCCAAACCAGCGAAACCAUUCUAGCAUUCCUGGUACACCAUCUCAACACACAUAGUCACGAAAUCUACACAAAGGUGUAUGGAAUUGAAUGAUGCUGGAUCAAAUGCAAUAGCUCGAUUUAAAAAGUAAAGCUUUGUGGGUUAGAAAAUUUACAGAGUUAAAAAGCAAGUUGGAAGUGUUGGAGGUACAGAAAUGUGUGUUUGUAACGCAACAAAAAUGGACAGAUUUAGAAGAAAUGCUGCGAGUUGAUUCUACGCAUGGAACAAUCUUCCAGAUUUCAAUAAAGUGUGGUGAAGAAGUUGGCAUUUGGAAUGCUGACUAUCUUUGGAUUGACAUAUUCGUGCGAGCAAGGGUUCUCUUGCAGGAAUAUAAUGAAAAGUAUGAAGCCAACUAAUAAAUGAAAAUUUAAAGUCGUGUUUCAAACUAGAAACAUGCUAUGAGCCAAAUUUAUCCAAACUUUCUAAAACCUUUGCAAAGCCAUCUCUCACAUUGCAUUUGUUUGCUCCAUCGUUUGUUAGUGAAGAAUAAAUAGUGUGAGUACUAUUUAUAUUUGGCAGGCGAGAAACAACUUUUGUGGCUCUUUAAAAAUUUGAAAUUUUGUAAAUUGUAUAUUUUGGCUCUUCCGACUCAGAAGGUUGCCGACCCCUGCUCUAGAAUCUAUUUGUCGUCUAUACCUCACAGCGCUCCCCCAGAACCCCUUGCUGGCAAGGAUUGGGUGUUUACAGUUUUUCCACUUACUCAAUAAAGAACAUAUUCUGGGGUUAUGUAUAUGGCCCGGGGGGGGGGGAGAGAAAAAAAUCUCCCGAAACUCCCCCACCCCUUUCGAAAGAAAAUCCUGGCUACGCCCAUGAUUUAUAUAGUGUUAUUAUUUGUAAUGACUGCCUUUGUAGCAAUUGUGCUUUGUUGCAAACAAAUACAAAUUGUUAAAUUGGUGCGUUUUUUCGUUGAAUUGAUUGAAAUGUAUUUCGGCGCGCAGCUAUGUAAAGGAAAUAAUGACACUCGUCUGCGAGCUACUAUCAGUGCUUUCUAUAAUCGUGCCUAUUUUCCUCUCUAGGCUUGGGUUUCUAAAAAUGUUUACUCGUCUCUAACAAAACAAAAUGGUAUAAUAGAGUCGUAGGCUCGAUUAUUUGAUUAGCUUGCAAACUGGUCCACAAAUGAGAUUGGACCCUAGCGCUCAGAGCAUGCUAUAAGCAUGAAAGUAGCGCUGUAUAAAAUGCUAUAAUUAUUAUCAUCCACAAACUAAGUAAGAGGGAGGUUAUAAUGAGAGGUUUAGAUGUCUCCCAACACAACAGAACAGGAACCCUUAUUGCACGUGUGACACAGGUCUGAAACGACAUGGUAACGAGCUAUUGGUCUAAACUGCCCACAGGUUGUGACGUUGCAGGUCGGUGUUGAGGCCUUCUGUAACGAAUGGCCUCGCUCGUACGCUUUUAGAUUCGCGGACUUAGUUACACUCUGUCCCAACAGUUUAAUAGCAUCCAUAGCAUACUGUUACUGUGCAUGCCGAUUGUGAAAAUAUUUGUAAAACUAUGUAUAAGCUAUUGACUUAAAUUCAGUAUUAUGUUCUUAUUUAAAAUGUUACAUUUGUUACUGCAACACUGGUGAAUACCUUUUGUUCUUCGUUACUAAAAUUGUAUAAAUAUAAAUAAUA